UGCAAACAUUAUCCAACUGAACGCAAAAGCCUGGUCGCACUGCUCGCUCUGUGCACAUCCGCGCAAAAUACGGGGACUUUUCUUUUGAGUAAAAAAUUGGGCGCCGAAGAGACGGCAUUAUAUGAAAAUCCCCCCGGUUCCCCCACAGCUGUCUGCGACUCAAAGUAUUGCGUUUCGAUCGAUCCCGACUGCAAGAUGUCCUUGGUGGAUUUAGGCAAGAAGCUUCUAGAAGCAGCACGAGCCGGACAGGAUGAUGAGGUCCGUAUCCUAAUGGCUAAUGGAGCCCCUUUCACAACAGACUGGCUUGGAACGUCUCCCUUACAUCUAUCAGCACAGUAUGGACAUUACUCAACCACAGAAGUGCUGUUAAGAGCAGGCGUGAGCCGGGAUGCCAGGACUAAAGUGGACAGAACCCCCUUACACAUGGCGGCUGCAGAAGGCCAUGCCCGGAUAGUGGAGGUGCUGCUAAAGCACGGAGCUGACGUCAAUGCAAAAGACAUGCUGAAGAUGACUGCGCUUCAUUGGGCAACAGAACAUGGUUACCAGGAAGUAGUGGACCUUUUAAUAAAAUACGGGGCUGAUGUUCAUGUCCAGAGCAAAUUUUGCAAAAAUGCACUGGACAUAGCAAUUGACAAUGCAAACGAAGAACUUGCAGAAAUACUUCAGGUGUCCAUGCAAAACCAAAUAAAUACAAAUCCAGAAAGUCCAGAUACAGUAACAAUACACACAGCAACACCCCAGUUUAUAAUUGGUCCAGGUGGGGUCGUGAACCUGACAGGCUUGGUUUCCGCAGCUAACUCCUCAAAAGAUGAAGCAGGUGUGUCCACAGUUCAAUUUGGCAACUCAUCAACUUCAGUAUUAGCUACAUUAGCAGCUUUAGCAGAAGCAUCUGCACCCUUAUCCAAUUCAUCAGAAACUCCAGUAGUUGCAACAGAAGAAGUCGUAACUGCAGACUCCGUGGAGGGUGCCAUUCAACAAGUUGUCAGCUCUGGAGGACAGCAAGUUAUCACUAUCGUCACAGAUGGCAUUCAGCUAGGCAAUUUACAGACAGGUGGGAUGGGCCAGCCCAUUAUUGUGACAAUGCCAGACGGUCAGCAAGCAUGUUUCUCAGUCUUAACAGUCCCUGCCACAGACAUCGCAGAAGAGACUGUAAUCAGUGAGGAGCCAUCAGUUAAAAGGCCGCGCAUAGAAAUCAUUGAAAAUCAUUCAGAAACCACAGAAGUCGAGGAGAAAGAGACUUUGCAGAAGCAGUUGGAAGAGGCUAAUCGUGAGGCUCAGAAAUACCGCCAGCAGCUGCAAAAGAAAGAACAGGAGGCCGAGGCCUACAGGCAGAAGCUGGAGGCCAUCACUCGCCACCAAAGUAAUAAAAAAGCUUUAUGAGUGGAGACAAGUUCAACACAGGACUGAACUGAGAAGGUCACACCUAAUGUCACGUAUAGAUGAAGAGGUUCGAGGUUGUAUGUAAAGGAGGACGUUUGGAUGUUAAAUCCAUGAUACACUUUAAUCACAAAGUACAAUAAUCUGUAAAGCAAGUGAUUAUUGCCACUAAAAGGACAAGACCAGGACAAGUUGUAUUCGUGGCAACCAUUAGGAAUAACCCAUGGACGAUUUCUCAAUUGUACAAAUUACUUCCUGCUUCCUCCCACAAAUUAAACUGUGGUCCAUUAUAAGUUUAGCGUUUUCUUAAAUAUAUAUAUAUAAUGUAAAAAAAAGUGUUACACUACUUUGAAACCCAGAUUAAACUAUGUUGCUGGUUUACAUUUUGUCAGAAUAGCUAAACCCUCCCUUUACAAAUCUUUCAGACUAAGCUUGAACAGUCACAUUUUACUUUUGGGGAGUCAUUGAUGUGAUCCAGGGUACUCUGGAUUUUAUAAUGAACUCUCAAAAUCCCAAUGGCUUUCACUUCUGGAAAUUCUCAAUUCCCAAAUGCAUUUGGAGGUCUACAGUACUUUAUCACAAACUGGAAGCUAUUGCGGCUUGUGUCAAUCUGAACUCCAGCACGACAUAGGCACCAUUGCUUUUACUCCUUUGAGGUAUCCCCCAAACUUUGAGGCUUGUUGAAAUUGUAAUUAAACCCUAUAUGGUUUGAGAAUUGAGGAAUAAAGGCUUUACAAAUGCAGGCAAGCAUGAACAACGGCCUUUAAAAAAAAAAUCUAUUUACAAACAGUAUCACCUUAAGAAGUAGUUUAACCACAGUAAACAUUUUUAACCCUUUCCUUUCACAAACACUAAAUUCAAAACUAAAAAUACCAAGACAGUAAACUGACUACAAAUUCCAUGCUGUUUUAUCCCCCAGUCCCAUUUCCGUUUGUAUAUUGGUAGUGUUAUAUAUAUAUAUAUAUAAAUCAUUUUUCAUGGAGAAGGGUUGGUUUGGAGCUGUAUAUUUAAAACCUUUAGCAUGUUACAUCUCCCUGGAAAAGGUAGAACAUUUUUCUUCUGUUUAGGAUACCUUCAAGAAACAUCAGUUUGAACAGGAGUUCUUUUUUAUUUAUAAUAAACGCUAUAUUUUCCCCAUAAACAAUUAAAGCACACCACAGACCACUAUUUGUGAUUUGUAAAAAAUAAAAAUUUCCAUCAAAAUAAGCAGCUUUAUCAUGAUGGCUUCACUGCAUUUUAAAAUGUAAAACUUGGUUGGAAAAAUACUUAUUUUAAUGGUUUGCCAAAAAAUAAACUUAGUUAUAAAAUUAGACAAAUAUUUUGUCUUUGUCGAUGUCUUCAUUGACAGAUACAUCUUGCUGUUGGUUUAAUUUUCUAACUAUGUUACCUUUUACUACCAGUAGUUUUGUUAAGAAUUAAUGCAAUGCUUACAACUGUAUAGCUACAGGGGAUUUCUCAAAUCUUCAUUUUUCAUUUGAACAGCUAUAUUUCUAUCACAAAGGCAUUAUGAUUUCUUAAUGCAAUCCGCUGUCUUUCUAUGUUUGUCUAUGUCUGUUUGUCUGUGUGUGAAUUCAGAUGUUUGGUGAAUCUGGUGUCAGUGAUUCAAGCUAUACGCCACCUUUUAAAUGAUCCAUCUGAUAUUGUUAAAUAUUGACCAUUCACAAUGCAGACACGGCAGUUAGACGUCAUUCUUUCGUGUCUGUUAGUUGUUCCGGCAGCUUUUAUUUUUUUUUAUUAUAUAUACUGUUUUGUUUUUUUUCUUGAACAUAUGACUCACAAAAUACCAGUUAUUUACAGGUGCUUGUUCUGGAUCGUGAUACAGUGUAAAUAUAUUUGCUUUGUCUUUUCUAUUUUACAAUUAAACAAUUUUCCCUGGAA